ACACGCGUAAGGGCAUUGGUAGCAGUUUACGAUCCUCAACACGAGCAGCCGGCUCCUGCAUAGGAAUUCAAAUUUCCUACCACACGCGUAAGGGCGUUGGUAGCCGUUUACGAUCCUCAACACGAGCAGCCAGCUCCUGCAUAGGAAUUCAAAUUUAUUACCCGCGUAGCUGGAAUACGCAUAAAAAAAUGACGAAAUUGUUCAUCCGAUUACAAACGUGUAUUGGAGACAACGUGAUGUGGCUGUUUGCCUCAUGAAAGUAUUUGGAGCCCGCCAAAUCGUCUCACCAGCGCGGCAAUGUGAGAAUGAGAAGCACACACCGCUCUCACGAAAGAGAGAGAGAAGCUGUCAAAGCUGUUGUUGGAACGAGGUGAGCGGAACUUCAACCAUUUGUUUUUGUUUACAGUUUAUGCCAACUCUUGCUGCUCGCAGCAGCCGAUCCAAAUCCAAAUGGAAUCGGAAAACUGUACUUGCCGAUUGUGUCUCGGUUCGUCGAAAGAUGUGUGUUCCCUGUUUGGCUCUAGCGUAGAUCGGGAACUGCUAACCAUCAUACGUAACAAUGUAGGAUUGGAGAUUGCAGCGGAUGAUCCAUUUUCCAAAAUGGUAUGUGACACGUGCAUCGCAAAGCUAAGAACGAUCGAGCAACAUGUAAAGUUGUUUCGUGAAUCUGACCGUAAGCUUCGAGAUGCUAUUACAACCCGGUUGAACGACAAUGGAAAAGAUUUUGCCAAUCAUACGCUGAAAGACGCUGGUCCACAUUCUAAUGAAGUAUGCAAUUUGGAAGCCCCAGCAACCGCCUUGGAAAGCUCCCAUAUGAGCAACAAUGCAGAGGUAGUUAAGUAUAAAUUCCAAAAGGAGAAUCGGACGGAACCCGAACCAACCCGUAGAUCGAAACGUAUUCGCACUCAAAGUAAGCGGUUAGCCGUUACCACUGAGUACAGCACGGGAACACAUGAUGAGCCACAAUCGAGUGAAGACUUCGAUUGUGACAAUGAUAGUGUGGAUCGAUCGUAUAUCCCAGUAGAAAGUUCCUCUACAGACUGUCAAAUGAAUCAAAACUCUACAACGACUGAGGAUAUGUGCAUGGAGACUGUAAAAUCGGCACGACAGCAGACAGCCUCUUCAAAGCAGCCGAAGAAACGAAACUUGAAAGACAAAGCAGAACCGGUGCCUACGCUGCACGAUUUUAAGUGCUACAUUUGUAGCAGCGAACCAUUAGGCUCACGGAAGGCGCUGAUAGAACAUUUAGCUACCCACGUUGAUUACCUUCCGUACACCUGCAAGCAGUGCGUCAUGGAGACGAUCGUAUUAACACGGGUGCGCACCUUGAACACGCACAUGAAGAUGCACGAACAGCCGAUUAAAUGUGACUACUGCGAUCGGCGCUAUAGCAAUGCGGCGGGAAAAUAUUACCACACGCAGACGUACCAUCUGGCUGGUGGGGCACCCUGCAUCGUGCACUGUGAGAUAUGUGGGAAGCAGUACGGCUCGGAGGCUGCACUUAAGCAGCACAUGAAGUACCACACCACCAUGCUGAAAUGUAGCAAGUGUGACAUGGUGUUCAACCAUCCCAACAAGCGGCGCAAUCACGAGCUAACGCACAACGAGGACCGGGGGUACGAGUGUGUCGUUUGCAAAAAGGUACUCCAAACGAUCGAAUCGUACGACGUGCAUCUGAAGAAGCACUCGCAGGAGCGCAGCUAUCCGUGUACGCUGUGUCCGAAAAAGUUUAAUACGUCGUUUAAUCUGAUACUGCACCUGAAGGUGCACGCCAAAAACUACAACUACAGGCCGGCCAAAUCGUGGGUCGAGCACUACACGAUACUGAGCCGCGAUCCGCUGCAGUACAAAUGCAAUCACUGUGACAGGUACAGCACCGAUAAGGUCAACAAUAUGAUCUCCCAUCUGCAGGCACACUUUAAGGAGUAUGAGUGUGAUCAGUGCAAACGGUUGUUUGCGACGGCAAAGCAGCUGCGGGCGCAUUACACUACACACACCGGUGAAAAAUCGGAAAUGUGUCAACAUUGCGGAAAAUGUUUUUCCACCAAGAACAAUUUGCGCAUCCAUUUAAAGUCCCACAAACGUGAAAUUGAGGAUGCGAAUGAUGGUACCACCAACGAUCGCCAGACUGCCGUGCAGGAAUACCCUCCCGAAGCGUGCAUAGAGAUCGAGACAGUAGCACAGAACAAUGCCAGUGUUAUCCUCUAUCAGCGCAUCGCUAUCGUUAAACAGUUCAUCAAUAACCGAUCGGUCGAGCAGAGUAUCGUCGAUCGAAGAGAGCUCUUCAUCCGCCAGCUCGUCAUCGUAGUCGUCGUCAAUGAGCGUCUUUUUACAGCAAUUAUGGGAAGCAUUUGCUUUUUCCCCAAGUGUGUGCCGAAAAUUCGCGACUUCGUGGUGUUUCCUUUCACUCGUACGCGAGAAUUCGAGAACUGGUGGAUUAAGUCAGGCUGGGUAAAUGCGAUCCCCCUCAGCAAGCUGCCGAGCAAAAUAUUGAUAUGUGAGGAGCACUUCGAAAAGGAUCUCAUCAACAGGCGGUAUAAGGUGCCGAGGCUUGCCCUAGGAGCUUUACCUACGCGCAACGUUGAAUGUCCAGCCAAUACAGCGAAUCCUUCAAGCGAUGGAGCUACACAAAACAAUGCGCAGAACGUGAAGAGAGAAUCCUACUGCCGGUUGUGCGGGCAAGCUCAAACCACGCACAUUUCGGAUGAACCGGAUUUGUUAUUGAAGCUCGAUAAGAUAUUUCAACAUCAGUUACAUCUUUCCGAUUCCUCCAAGCUACCAGUCGGUGUUUGCUAUAGCUGCAAAGAAACGGCCAACGGGAUCCAAGCAUUCUGGAAGAGGUGUACCCAAGCGCAGGACACUUUAAAGGCAAUUUUCAGCAAGCCACGUGUGGCAAAAUGUCCCGAACCCACGGAGGCAGCUAUUGCAACGAAAUCUAUCCAAGAAAGCAGCAAUCUGGAAGGGGGCAUCUUCGCAACCAAAGAAUCUUUUCCGGCUGAAUGUGAAGAAAUCGUGAUCGACACGACAUCAACGCAGGUCACGGAAGAGCAAUUUGCCAACGAGUACGAGUUUGAAUCGUACGGCGAGGAGCUACCGGCUGGUACUGCGGAGGAAUCCGAAGAAGUUAUCGAACUAACCGAACCCGACAAUCAGCUCAUUUCGGACGACUAUUCGAUUGACUACGGAGACGAUUCCUCUUCUGAAGAGUUUACGGGUAACCUGUCAUCAUCAGACAGGGACGAGUAUCGUGCUCCAGCUAAAAAGGAUGCCACAACACCAAUUACGGAAACCAAACACAUUUGUGAAGUGUGCGGCAAUGCAUUUAAAUCGCUUAACGGGCUUAAAGCACACUUACUCGUGCACAGUGAGCGUCGCGAUCACCAGUGCACUAUAUGUGGCCACGAGUUCAAGCAGCGUCGGGCGCUGGUGGAGCACAUCGAGUCGAAACACGAGCGCAAAACCUUUCCGUGCAAAAUAUGCGGCAUGCCGUACAGCUGGAAGAAAGGAUUGCAGCGUCACAUGAAUACCCACAAAGGAAACACACUGAAGCAUGUGUGUAAAGUGUGCGGUAAAGCAUUUCCCGUACCUCACAAGCUGAAGCUGCACAUGAUGCUGCACACAGGCGACCGGAUUCACUGUGAAUUCUGCGGCAAGGGAUACAGGUUUAACUACAUGUUGACGCAACACAAAAUACGCGUGCACAAUAUGGUGAUCGAGGGCGUCAAGCUUUAUUCAACACCAAAGCAAAAAAGGUUGGGUGAUCGUAAAAAAUGAACUCCAGCGGAAUGGGUAACGAAACUAAUCAAACGAAAACACUUUGAUGGACAAAACGAUACCACCACCCAUCAGUCUUAUCUUCAAACCAGUGCGUUGUUUGAUGAAACGAAAUAUAAUCGUUCAGAAACUAUAA